AUCCUCCUUCAGAUUCAGUCUCUCGUCAUGAAGUCUGCAGUCCUUUUGGUCAUCCUCGGUGUGUCCGCCGUUCUUGCCGGUGAAAACAAAGUAAUCGUGAAGCGCGGCAUUGGACACGGAGGCGGCUUUGGAGGUGGAUUCGGUGGCGGUUACGGAGGCGGAUUCGGUGGAGGUUAUGGAGGCGGAUUCGGAGGUGGAUUCGGAGGCGGAUUUGGAGGUGGAUUUGGAGGCGGUCUGGGUGGUGGUAGCACAAUUAUCACCAAAACUGUUCCAGUACCCGUUCCAGUACCUCACCCGGUAGUUGUAGCCAAACCAGUGCCAGUACCAGUUAUAAAGAAAGUUGGAAUUCCAAUUGCCGUUGGAGGAGGAUAUGGAGGUGGUUAUGGAGGUGGUUUCGGCGGCGGUUUCGGCGGAGGCUUCGGAGGAGGUUACGGCGGCUGGAGAGCUGGUUGGUGGUAAAUGCCACUCACCUACAAUAUUGAUUUGUUACUUGUUUAUAUAUUUUUUGUAAUAAAUUUUUUAGAAAUUAGAAAAAGUUUAAUUAUGCCUUAUUCAUAUCCAUUAAGAUACUCAAUAAAA